AUUGCUUGGAGUGAUUUUCCGUGAAUUUAGGCCGACAUCAUGACGCAACCUAUGAUUCACAGGACACAGCCUCACUCAGGUCGUGUUCGUGCAUAUGGUUCGUGUAGCAGCCACAAUCGCAAUCCUAUAACAAGCCUAGCCAGACACUACCUAGUCAUCUAACGAGGGCCGCUGCUUGUGACAUCUGAACUCUACCCCUGUCGGUCAAGUUCAUCGUAUUCUGGUUAUGUGCAGUACAUUAAACAUCUGACGAAGGGUGAGGAAUAUAGAGAACACAGUAGCAUCUCCUACGCCAUCUUCCAGCUAGUAUCUUAUCAAGCAUGGGCGAUGUUGAGCAGGGCGAGCCUGUUCGUGGGCCUGAGCAGGGAGUCGAUUGCCCCUAUACGGAUGACAGCGGUAGUGCGGCAGAAGACGAGGGAAGUCCCGCUGUAGCUGUCCGGGUAGAUGUACUCGACAUUGAGCCAUCAGUAGUUCACAAAAAAGAAAGCGACUUCAGUCUGACGAAGCGUGUGAUUGCCUCCAUGCUGGCCAUUGUUGUAGCAAUAGUCUUUUUCGUAGUGGUAGCAGUGACCGUGACCGAUACUAACAGGACCACAAUAAGCGAGACGCACACUGAGGCACGGCCAGUAGUCCCAGGGAGAUAUCAGAGGGCAGCAGUAGCAGCCGAUGUCGGCUUAUGCUCGGAGAUGGGUCGUGAUAUCCUAAAACAAGGUGGUACAGCCGUGGAUGCGUCCAUAACUACCCUGCUGUGUGUGGGUGUGGUCAAUCCACAGAGCUCCGGCUUGGGAGGAGGCAUGUUCAUGCUCGUCUACCACAAGAACACGGGCAAAUCAGAAGCUCUGAUGGCUAGGGAAAGGGCGCCAGCUGCCGCUAAUGCAAACACGACCUUGGAAACAUUUGGUAUCACCUCAGUAGCAGUGCCUGGUGAAUUGAGCGGUAUGUGGGAGGCCCAUCAACGCUACGGUCGCCUACCGUGGACAGCCUUGUUUGAGCCCGUGAUCCGUCUAGCCGAGGAAGGCUUCCCCGUCACGGCGCAUCUCGCCAAGGCGCUUGGCUUCCUGACAAGAAGAGGACUCAACUUGACACAGCCUCAGUUUGCUGGGUUUCGAGUGCGAUACGCCAACGCAGAUGGCAGCUGGAAGGAGGUAGGUGACACCGUGUACGCCCCCAAGAUGGCAAGGACAUUACGGGCUAUUGCUAGGAAUGGCAUCAGCGAAUUCUCCAAUGGGACAACAGCACAACAGCUGGUACAAGAAAUACAAGAAUACGGUGGGCUCAUCACUGCUGCCGAUUUAGCAGGUUACACAGCAGAGUGGAGGGAAGCUCAAGCCGUUCCCAUCGGCCGAGGCAUGACAGUCCUGACAACGCCCUCACCGUCAGGCGGACCUGUCCUACAGUUCAUUAUCAAUAUAUUACGAAAUUACAACAUGUCAUCAGCUGAUUUUAAGACGACUGGGAACAAGAUUAAGACGUAUCAUCGGUUUGUUGAAGCGUCAAAGUUCUCCUUCGCCUUGCGGAGUCACCUCGGUGACGUAGAGACAGCUGAGGUUCAGGAGAUUCUGAACAAGAUGCAGUCGAAAGCCUUCGCCAAGUCGAUUUACUCGCAGAUACGCGAGGACGCAGUCACCUUCACCAACGCCUCAGGGUACAACGCACUGCUCAACACGGCUCCCCAUAGCGGUGGCACAUGCCAUAUAAGUGUCGUGGAUCAGUACGGAAAUGCGGUAUCAGCCACAAGCUCGGUCAAUUAUUACUUUGGCAGUCAGAUAUUGUCCAGCACGACUGGUCUUAUCCUGAACAACGAGAUGGCAGACUUCGACUCGCCAGCCAGCCAGCCAGCCUCGGAUGCCAACUACAUAGCGCCCGGUAAGAUGCCCCUAUCAGCUAUGAGUCCUGUCAUCGUCUUGAACGAGAAUGGCGGUGCUGAGUUAGUGGCUGGUAGUGCAGGCAGCCGUGCUAUCAUUACCACCAAUGCCUGGGUCACACUACGAUCGGUAUUCACCGACGCAUCACUCAAAGAAAUCAUCGAUGACAAGCGAAUUCACAACCAGCUCCAGCCAAAGAAUAUUGCCCUCUAUGAAAAGGGGUUUCAAAUGGAUGUCAUCAAUGGAUUGGUUGACAUGGGUCACGUGGUAGACAGCAGAACCUUGGUGUCAGUCUUACAAGCGAUCAGGCGAUUGGACGAUGGCUGGAUGGCCUACAGUGACCCCCGUAAACAGGGCUAUGCAGCCGGCUACUAGAGCGUCCAUGAUGCCACCCCAAAGGCCCAUAAUGGUUGCUUUCUUGUUAGACAUGAGGGUGUUACAUGUCUAUGUAUUUGAGAGGCGGGUCUACCCAGGGGUGCGGGAGUAUUGCAGCUGUGCCUUUGCUGACCAAACGGCUUCGGCAUGUCGGAAAUAGGUUAUUUGUAUUUUUUGUCAUUUUCCCUUAUCGAAAGCAGGAAUACAACGGCUUUUUCUUUAAGCAGUAUAUUGGUAAUUCGUCAAUAUUUUUCAUUAUGUAUAAGCUUUCAUACCAUAUUUUCCUUUUUUUUUUUACUUAUAUCAUUUCAUUAAAUAUUGUAUUUCUAGAUAGUAAAUAUAUGAAAAUGAAUAAAAGAACAUAGUUAAACAGGGUAUUCAAGCUUGCCAUAUUUUGAAGAGUUCUCUGCCGAUGCAGUUAUCACUUCUACGGAUUUUGAUGAACAAACUCGGCCUGAUUCAGAACCAAAUUCGGGGUGGCUAAAACAAGAAGGGCCUGACCGACCGGCCGUUGCAUAUUUAAAAGGCGGGAUUCGGCACUAUAUAGGGGCGCUCUUUUCCCUCUUUCUGUACUUUCUUUCUAUGAAUAUUUUCCGUGGAGGAAAAAGCAGUCUUUUCUCCCGUUCUCUGGUUAAAUUAUCAAAACAAAACGAGAAAUCGUCCGUCAAGGCAAACAUGUUCUUUUGUAAAGUAGAAAGCGAGUUAUCGUAAAGACGGCAGCUAUUUUUCCAUCUUGACUUGCCAAGUUGGCGCUAUAUUUGAAAUAAUGCAAAAAUAUCACAAGUAUAUUUCGUUGUCGACGUAUUCAAGGGGCUCUGGUUGACUCUCUAUAAGCUUCUGGCCCUGAUUAGAUGUUAAAUCUGUUGCAAAUGUGCGUAUGAAGUGAUUAUGGCGGUAGGCUACUCACAAUGCUUUACGAAGUCUGAGCUUUUUUGGAUUUUUUUUGUGAAGAUCAGCCGACCUCAGCGGUCGUUGAUAGGGCGGUGGGUUUUGAGCCAGUUUAAGGGUUUUUUUAAUGGUGCUGAUGUGUUUCACUUUUUAACAUGGUUUCAGUAUUGGAUUUUUGUACCGCACUUCAUUUUCAAUAGUAAGAGUAGUCUUAAUGGUAAGAAUUUACGUAUACAGUUUCUGUCCGAUUUUGAGGUGUAGAUCCCAUUUAUCAAGUUUGCCUUAGUUUUAUUGUAGCAAUGUUUAAUGAGUUCAUAUAUUUCAUGUUUUUCCAAUAAAUUACAUCCUGGAGUUCAUUUGUA